GGAGGAGGUUGGUAGUGGAUGAAGGGAUGAGUGGGGUUACAGAGGAGGUGGAGAGGCUGGUGCUAACUGUGAGAGAGGGGGAGAAGGGAGAUGGAGGAGAAGGAGGGGCAAAAGAAGAAGAAGAAGCCAAGCAACCUGGCGAAAAUGUCCUCAAAGAAACUGAAGUGGCAUCGAGACCUGCAGACCCCACCACACCCAGUCGAGCUUCGACACUCUCGACUGGUAUCAGACUCAACAAGAGUCCAGUUGUAAAACUCCACAAGGUUGAGACACCUCCGUCCACCUCUCGACCUGCGAGCCUCUUCUCCGCCCUGAUAUCCAGGGACUCUACCUCCAGUACAACAACUAGGGAGCAUCGUUGGCAACACUGUGAGACUGGUUCAGAGCAGGAGCAGCCUCAGACUGAGGGAAUGGAGACCGAUCCAGCAAGUCCAAUGGGGAACAAGUCACUGCUAGAGUUGAUACCUGCUGCCACCAGUGCCACCAAUGACAUACUAGACACCAUAGACCUGCUACACCACACGGGGGACCAACUCCACAUCAGGGAGGGAAGAUCAACUAGUGGUGUGUGUGGCUCACAGCCCGGGCUGCACAGAAUUCCUCGUAAUAGGAUUGAACUCACUCUGAAGAAGGAGCCUCUUGCUGGGACCCCUAGUGGGGCAGCAGAGCAAACUUCCUCCCAACAAGUAUCAUCGUCUGCUGGUGGCCUAGUGUUGCCUCCGAGUGGUGACGUAAUGUUGCCUGAGACCAGUGGGUUGAGGAGGAGCCCUCGCAAGAACAAGUGGAUCUCUUCUGGCCAAGGGAAGUCAUCAUCCAGACACCAGUCAGCCUCUGACAGGGGGAAGGCAAAUAAGAAGAAACUGGAGCAGAUAGUGGUGGGAGCUCUCAAGAGGCAGGGAAUGAAAAGAGACCAUGUCUGUUUCAGGAAAUGCUACACUCGUCUCUUCAACCUCAGCAAGAGCUUUCUCAAGGAUGUAAGGAGCUCACAGGACCUGGUGAGUGAGAUGCACAGAGUUGUCGACUUCAACGUGUCGCAGGUCAUUGACUUUGAGCUCAGACAGGCUCACACCACACUCUGAGACUGAGAUCACCUCCAUUCAUCUAUCUCACCACUUUAGAUGUUCAUUGUAUUGUGUUGUGAUGUGACUACACUGCAGUGUAAUGCUAUAAGACAUUUUUCGGAAGUGAACACAAGUAUGUAGCACAACUUAUGAACUGCUUUACGUGAUGGUCAUUCAUACACAUAGAAUACCAAUAAUGUUUUUAUGCCUCCAUUUAU